CUGAAGAGGCCAAAGUCUGCUCUCUAAAUAGAUAGCUCCACCAUGCAGGAUUGACCCACUCAGGCCCAGAUGAUGAAGACAGUCAUAAGAACAAUGUCUUUUUAGAAGAAAUGUCAUCUUAGGGUGACAGAGUUUACAAACAACUGAAGCUUUCCCAAGGCUUCAGAAGAGUCUGUCUGCUAACAUCAGGAAUAACACCCUCAAGAAGUCACAUCUGCAUUUUCGCAUGAGGCUGCAGUCAUGUCUGGGUCACCACCUGGGAGUUUUUGCAGCCAGAAUCUGACGUCUUUUCCACAGGACAUGACAGUGACUGAGGAGUGGGAGGGGAAAAACAUGAGCCAUAUGCAAUGGGGUAAGCUGGAAGACUUCAGCUUUGUUGCACGCUGAUGGAAAGGGCACCUACUCCCUGUUCAUCAGGACAGGGCCAAAAUGUUUCUGCCACAGUGGAUCUCCUUGGCCAAGUCAUCCCACAACAUGGUCAGAGGUGGUUUUAGGGUAAAUGGAACCUCUGGAGGUUGUUUAGCUCAACUUGUUAUUCAAGGCAUGCCUCUGAAUAAUAGCAAGUUCUCUCAUCCAAGGAUGUGGAUCCAGAGCCCAGUGAUAUGUUUAGUUAUGUGAUGCAAACACAUGACAUGUGCACAUCACUGGUGUGCAUUUGCACAACUUCAAGUAAACUUUACUCCUUUCUUCCUUUACUCCCAAUGACAUUAAUCAGCAUGACCUCCCUCUCCCACCACAGGUUAGGGAGUAAUGUUUUAAGAUCCUAUCUUAUACCCCUCUCUGCACUUUGAUGAGCACACCAUUACCAUACCCAUUCAUGAAACACCAACCCAGACUUGUGUGAUCCUUCGGUAACUUUGCUGCAGGCUCAGACAUACUAUCUGUGCUGAGACUGAAGGGCAAAAAAAUUGAGAGAAGACACGAAGUGAGCAGAACAGUGUCCUUAUAGCUCUGGUGAAAGCAGUCAGGACACCUUUGACAAAUCGCACACGGAAUUUCAUACACUGAGAACAAUCUGGCUUUCCAGUUUCCAUGAAUAAAGACUCAAACCACUCUGGGAGGCUGUCCAGGCAGCAGCUCAGAUGUGCAGCAGAAAUCAGGUCAAUCUGCUUUUCAAGUGACAUCAGAACCUUGAACAAAGCCAAGCUGGUGUCAUUUCUUAUCCCCAAAUCCUGUGUGCUCUUGUAUGUCUGUGUGCAUAACGUGCUUUGCUUUUCUUAAGGGUACUCUCUAAGCCAAACCUAUUUUAGGAUUCUCCUCAAAACACGGUAGUUUAGGUCCAGUUUUAAGACUAACCAAAGUUUCUACAUAGGGCAAAUUAAAACUGACAUCUUGGGACACAGCUGUCAAGAUGAAGUCUGCUUGAGUACCAGCGGUAUUUCCUGGCCCAGAGAAGUGCUUUUCUGCUUCGUAUUCCUACAGUCUCCAGAAUGGGCUAUGUAUCCAUUAUGCCAUUAAUGAGAGCAGCAAAUUUACUCCGUUUGCUUUACCACACUUAGGAAAAUCAGCCCUCGCUUGCAGAGUCACAACUCCACAUCUCAGGAAAAAGCCUUGCACUGCAUCACAGUUGCUUUUAGGAGGCCUGGGAAGACAGUCUGAGCUGGGGUAAGACAAGCUGUCCCCGUGCUGCUCGCAAGACUGGCAAUGCUCUGGUACCUUUGUUCUAACAUCAAGAACAGGGAGGGAAGGGCUGGUGACAAAGUACACCCAGGAAGACUGCAGUGUACCAUCUUAGCAGAUAAAUGUGUUGAUACAAGUGCUAAAUUUAUCACACCUGAUUAGGGGUUUAGUGCUUCCAUAGUUUAAACAUUAAUAUUUGCCUAUUUAAGCAAUGUGCCCUAGUGCAGCCUGUCCACAGAUGUAGUCACCAUGACUGAGUCUGGAGACUUCAUAAGUGCUCUGGGGGAGUUUGGGCUGUAUCAGAAAUUUCUGGUACUACUCAUCUCCAUCGCCCUACUUCUUAAUCCUUUCCAAAUGAUUGGCCAAGUGUUCAUGGUUCUGGAUGAGCCUCAUCACUGCAACACCAGCUGGAUCCGUGCCAUUGGCCCCAACCUGACAGAGGAAGAGCAGCUGAACCUCACCCUGCCCCGGGAUGCGGAUGGGGCAUACGAGCAGUGCUCCAUGUACUCGCCGGUGGACUGGGACCUCGACUCCAUUGUGGCUUAUGGCCUGAAUGCCACAGAGAAGUGCAGCAGUGGCUGGGUGUACCCCUCAGCACAAGCACCGUCCCUGCUGACCGAGUUUGACCUGGUGUGUGACAGGAAGGACCUGAAUGACAUCUCCCAGUCCAUCUACAUGCUGGGGCUUCUCCUAGGAUCCAUCAUCUUCGGGCCACUGAGUGACAGAAUAGGCCGUCAGCCUGUAUUUCUGAUCUGCAUGCUCAUCCGUGGCUUGUUUGGUGUAGGAACUGCCUUUGUGCCUCAUUUCUAUGUGUACAUGGCCUUCAGAUGUGUCGUGGGAGCUGUGGAGGCAGGAAUUAUGAUUAUUGCCUUGGCGCUGGCUACAGAAUGGGUCGGUGUCUCCCAUCGGUCAAAAGCAGUGCUUAUUACUCACUGCUGCUUCGCCAUCGGUCAGAUGAUUGUCCCUGGCUUGGGUUAUGGUAUUCGCAACUGGAGGCUGCUGCAGAUUGCAGGAUCUGCUCCUGUGUUUGCUCUUUUCUUCUACAUCUGGGUGCUCCCAGAAUCCGCUCGGUGGCUGGUGAUAAAAGGCAGGAUAGAAGAAGCUAAGAAGGUCCUUCAGAAGGCAGCAUCCAUCAACAAGCGCACCCUCCCACCGGAGCUCCUGGAGCAGCUGAAGCCCGAGGCUCAGCCCAAGCCUGGAAGCACUCUGGAUCUCUUUCGGAAGAAGCACCUGCGGAAGGUGACUUUAAUCAUGACCUGCACCUGGUUUGCAGACAGCCUUGUCUACUAUGGGCUGAGCCUUAAUGUGUCAGGUUUUGGUCUGAACGUCUACCUGACACAGCUUGCCUUUGGAGGGGUAGAGUUACCAGCUCGAGUUUCCUGCAUUUUCCUGCUGCAGUGGUUUGGGAGGAACAAAACCCAGGCCGUUCUCCUGCUGCUGUCUGGCCUGAUGUGUCUCGUCAUCACUGGCAUCCCUGAAGACCAGCCCGUGGUGACCACCGUCCUGGCCACCAUCGGCAAGCUUACAGCCACAGCCGCCUUCUCCACCUCUUAUGUCUACUCCGCAGAGCUCUUCCCCACGGUCAUCAGGCAGACCGGUGUGGGGCUGUGCUCGAUGUCGGCACGGCUAUCGGGGAUCAUGGCGCCCUUGAUGCUGCUGCUGAAGCAGUACCACCAGGCCAUCCCCAUGGCCGUCUUCGGCAGUGUCUCCGUGGUGGUGGGGCUGCUCUGCUUCCUGCUGCCAGAGACCCGUGGCACUGACCUGGCGGAUGACAUGGGGCUGGAGGAUAUCAAGGGGGCAACUCCCCAGAUGAGUAACAGGAGUCUGGAAACUUUGUCCAAGACAGACACCACCAAGGCUGGAGCAGACUUGGAGAAGAACAACUACAAGUUCUCGGAGAGCAAGUGAUGAAUGGACAGGCACAUACUAAAGGUCUUGUCUAAUCCAAUCUUUCUCGAAGCAGACCUAUGAGGCAUUGCUGUCCAGAAACUGGCCUUUCAGAUGAUCAACAAAGUAUUUGUGAUCAGAGGGAGAGGAGAUGUGUGUCACUCUGUGUUUGGAAACAAUGCACUUCAGCCUGUUUCUGAAGCCCAGUCUGUUAUGCCUGGCUGCGUGAGUCCUCCCGAUGUGUCUCCCAGUCCUUUGCAAACUGGUACCCGUGGAACCAUCCCUGUCGUGUUUUACAGCAAUAAAGAAUCGCCAGUAGAGUGGUAGUACUGGGCAAGCGAGUGCCGGGCUGUGUCCCUCCUGCACUAGUCGCUCGGGUCGUCGGUCCGAGCCUCCACAUUUGAUCAGGAUGUCACUGCAACCCUGUCACACACGUAUUUAGCUUUUCUUUCUAUGUGGUGUUGAAGUUGAGUUUCUACAUGAAUAGUAUAAAUUAUACUCCGAGUUUGAUAAGAGACACUUGUAAUGCAAUAUGUGAAUAAUAAAUGGUGUUGACUUUUUUU